CAAAAAAACCAAACACAUGGGCUGCCCCAAACGGGCAAACUAACCUACACAGAGUUCACUCGACAGGUUCGGAGACGCACUCUUCUUCGUAGUUUGCCCGUUUGACGCUUUUCUUCUCUUUCUGUGUCGCUGUUAAACCCUUAGAGAUCCCAUUGGCAAUAAGUGUCGUUUCAGAAUCCAUCCGAGUUGUUUGAUUUAGAGAUUGUUCAAUGGAGUUUGAUGAAUAUGAUUAUUUAGAGAAGAUGGUGGAAAAUACGGACCCUCAGAAAUUGAAGGAAGCAGCAAAUGGUGGGGAAGAAACACUUAAAUCCGAAAAGAAAGAACGGACCCGUAGUUCAAAGCACAAAAUUGAUGAGAACGAUAAUGAUUUGGAUCACCGGGCAAAGCGAUCGAAGUCCAGAGGUGAGUCUCGUGACCGUGACCUAGAGAGGGCCUCGUCACGACAUCGAUCGUCUCCAAGAGAUGGAGAAAAGAUUGACAGGGACCGACAUAGAAGUCGUCGAGAUCAUAGAGACAAGGACAGGGAUAGGGACCGGGAAGAGAGGAAUGGAAAGGACAAAGACCGAGAGCGGGAUCGGGAAGAGAGGAAUGUAAAGGAUAGAACCCGAGAGAGGGAUCGGGAAGAGAGGAAUGGAAAGGACAGAACCCGAGAGCGAGACCGGGAAGAGAGGAAUGGAAAGGACAAAGACCGAGAGCGGGAUAGAGCUAGAGACAAAGACAAAGGAAAGGACCAGGAUCGAGACAUAGAUAGAGACAAAGAGAGGGACUGUGAUAGGGAUAAGAGAGAGCAUAAACCUGACAAUGAAAGGGAGAAGGAUAAAGAGCAAGAGCGGUCACGUAGAAGUAUAAGCCGUCCAGAAAUGCAUCGGGAUGAGCAAGUUAGAGAGAAGAGUUGGGACGGGGAGUUCAAAGAAAGGGAAAGGGAGAAGGAAUUUAGAGAACGGGAUCGAGAAAACAGUUUGCACGUCUUGAAGAUGCUAGAGCUGCACAGAGUUUAAAUGGACAGCUGGAGAUUGCUGGUCAAAUAAUCAAGGUGUCAGCUAUUACUGAUCAAGUUGGAAUGCAAGAUGUCGGGGUAAAUGCUGGUGACUUUGAUGAUGAUGAUGAAGGCAGUGGUUUGGCUCUAAAUGCACGCUCUCGAGCACUUCUUAUGCAGAAGUUGGAUCGUAGUGGCACUGCUUCAAGCAUUGCUGGUUCACCUAGCACCACUGUUGCUAAUAGCCCUGGGUUUGCACUUCCAACAGCAUCAAUUCUUGGUGCCACACCUGCAGUUCCUCCUCUCAUUAGUCCUCUUGUACAGGCUUCUGUUCCUGUUCUUGCAGGAUUACCAAGUUCAGGUCUUUCAGUUCCCACUGUUACUGUUCCUUCUUUUGAUACAAUUGGUGUUCCGAGUGAGUGUUUAUUGUUGAAGAACAUGUUUGAUCCAACGUUAGAGGUGGAACCAGACUUCGAUCUGGAUAUUAAAGAAGAUGUUGGAGAUGAAUGCUCAAAGUUUGGAACACUAAAACACAUAUAUGUGGACAAGAAUAGUGCUGGGUUUGUAUAUUUGCGAUUUGAAAAUACACAAGCUGCAAUAAAUGCACAGCGUGCCCUCCAUGGGAGAUGGUUUGCUGGGAAGAUGAUCACAGCUACAUUCAUGGUGCCCCAGAACUAUGAGGCCAAAUUUCCUGACAGCAGAUAGGAUGGUGGGAUAGUGGAUGCAAUAGGAAUCUGAAACGACUGUAGUCCAGCCAAUGCCUGCAUGCUGAUGUGGCGGCUUCGCCACGUUCAUCCAGUUUUGGCUGGCUUAGAAUGGCUCGUGUACCUGAACCAAAGUAGUCAUCCUCCGUUGCAGCAACAGAUAUGACUGCUGUCGAGGACACGCACAGUUUCCAAAGGUUUUCAUAGAAUCGUUUGAUGCACAAAGGAUAUGGAAUAUCAAAAAGUACUGAUCACUGAUCAGGAUCAAAUUUCAUAAACUUACUAUUCUGUACGUGAAAAUUUGUGGAGUGAUUGAUUGUUAAAUGGUAUUAAUGGUUGGCAGAUAGAACUUGCUGGUUUUGAUAGUUGCAAAGCUCAUGAUUUCUUCACUCAAA